CGCGUCCCCAAACCCCCCCCCGCCACACCCCCACCUCUUCUCCCAAACCCUAACCCUUACCCUAAUCGCCUGCAGCUCUCCCUCCUCCUCCUCCAAACCUCUCCAUUCUCCACCUCCUUCCUCAUCACCAAAACCCCCAAAAAAUUCAAAAAAAAGCGCAAGAAAGACGAAAGCCCUCGAACGAAGCUCGUCCAGACCCAACCCAACCUCAUCCCCCACUUCGAGCACAUCGUCGAGCGCGAUGCCCACUUCCGGUUCCUCACAAAAUCCAGAGACUUCCUCUCCAAGCAGCCCCACCGCGUCCUCCGCCUCGACGACGCCGGUAAGCUCCACCGAGAACUCGGCUUCCCUCGCGGCCGGAAAAUCGCCCGAUCCCUCCAGCGCCACCCCAUCCUGUUCCAAACCUACCGCCAUGUCGACAACAAAAUGUGGAUCGGCUUCACCGAGUUCAUGGAAGAUUUGCUCGAACAGGAACGAGUCAUUGUCGACUCAAUGGAGUCGGACCGAGUUAACAAGGUUCGUAAAUUGCUUAUGAUGUCCGCGAACAAGCGUAUCCCUUUGAGUAAAAUCUACCAUUGCAGGUCCUUAUUUGGAAUCCCAGAAGAUUUUCGGGACCGGGUUUCGAAGUACCCUAAUUAUUUUCGAACUGUGGUUGAGGAAGGUGGGAAGAGAAUGCUUGAAUUGGUGAAUUGGGAUCCGUUGUUGGCGGUGAGCACUUUGGAGAGGGAGUUUAUGGUUGACGAGGAGAAAGUGAAGAGGGCUUUUAGGUUUCCAGUGAAGCAUGGGAAGGAUUUGGGUUUGGAAAAAGAGGAUGAGAGGAAAUUGAACUUAUUGAACUCGCUACCUCUGGUUUCGCCGUAUUCGGAUGGGUCAAGAUUGGACCUUUGGACUCUGGAAGCGGAGAAGUACAGAGUGGGAGUGUUGCAUGAGUUUUUGAGCUUGACAUUGGAGAAGAGGGCUUCUAUACACCAUGUUGUGGAGUUCAAGGAGGAGUUUAGUUUGACCAAGCAUACUUAUCAGAUGCUUUUUAAGCAGCCCAGAACGUUUUAUCUCGCGGGGACAGAGAUGAAUUGGGUUGUUUUCUUGAAAGAUGCUUAUGACCAAAAUGGGGUUUUGAUUGAGAAGGAUCCGCAGGUGGUUUUCAAUGAGAAGCUGUAUAAGUAUGCUGAAAUGAAGGAAAUGGAACGGGGUUGUGUUGAUCAAUGGAAAUGACAAGAGGGUUUGGACAAUUUAAGCGAGUUCUUUGCUUGUGCUUCAAGGAAUGUUGUGUUAUAGCUUGAGGAAGCUUGGACCUAGAAGGAAUUUGGGUGCAUCAGAGGUAUCUUGGUUGGUCCUUGACAUAACUGUAUCUUGUGUUGCAAGGUUUUUCGAGUCAUAAGAAAUCAUAACAUGUGAUGUAUAUAAAGCUUGGUGGUACCUUGUGGAAAUUUGGAUUAUUUAUCAACGAUAUGUCAUUUACUUGGUAAUUUUGUGGAUGAAGGUGUGCAAAAAUAAACCUCAGAGCUUUGAGUUGCAGCAGGAGUUUUCAUGUCUUGUUGGUCAACUGGUGCCAGGGUGAUGGUGAUCAUUUAAUAAAAUGAACUGGGAAUUUUGUGAACAGGGCAUUCUGAUUCUACUACGAAGCAAGGAUUUACUUGGAGAGCAAAUUUUGUUUUUGUAUUCUUUUGUAACUAGAUUUCAGGUACUUAAUGAUUGGUGAAAAUGAGCUCCAAAGUUCUGUUCUGAUCCUUUGAGCGUGAACCUUGUAGAGUAUCCUUAUGAUCGUAUGAAAAAAAAAGGAGGGAGAAAGAUACGGAGUUUGGUAAAGUUAGUUGUUAAGCACUUGUCCUCUAAAAUAAGAAAUUAACUUUAAUCUUUUGUUUGUUACUUUGUCUACAGAAACCAGUGCGUUCUUAGAAAAUCUUUAUGGGGCCAGCUUGGCACGAUGAAUCUUGUAGUGUGCCUUUUUCUUUAGUGACAUCCUAUGCUAUAAACACCAAGAGGUAGCAAUGAACCAAAAUUUUAGUUCACAGCUCUCUCUCUCUCUCUCUCUCUCUCUCUCUCUGUGGACCACUCAGGCCAUAAAGAUUUGAAACAGGAGAAGAUAAAGCUUGAAGAUUUUGGUUUUGUUUGCAAGCAUUAUGAUGUUUACCCGCAUAUGUCUUUCCACGUCAAGUUUUGGUCACAAGAUUUCUUUUUAGGGCGUAAUAUAAUAUGGCUGGCCUAAAUGGCCAUCUUCCAUGUCGAAGUAUCCCAAGCCUUGCUCUGUUUUUCUCUUUCUUUUUUCCAUAUUUAAUUUGGAAUCAUAGAGUAGACACAAGCCUCCAGCUAACCUUCGCCCUUGCCGCCUAGAAAUUGAACUACUUGAAUUGCUCUCACAAUGUGAAAUAAC